CGCGCAUUAAAAGAGGGGCCUGUGUGUUUUUAAUAAUCCCAUCCCCUGGCCUUUUCUCCACCAUCACAUCAGUUUUAUUUGGUUUUCUUGAGUUGGCAGCAAGAAGAAGAUGAAGAAGUGCGCAAAUAAGGUAACCCAAAUAGUUGUCACCUCUCCAAUUGGCAACAUUUUGGUCGAGUUUUGCACCUUCGGUUUGCAUUCCGUGAACCAGGACCCAGAAAUCAACGAUAGAAAUUUCCAACCAGAUUCUCGACGGAAAGUAGAAAUCUUGGAUACUUCUUUCUCCCUAAAAAACAACCAAAACGCUCAGAACUGCGUGAAUUGGCUGGACACGUACUUCCACAAUUCAAAGGCAUUAACUGGAGUCAAUGAACAACAGCUCUUUUGCACCAUUGAACAAACAACAGAUGCACCUUUCUAUGACAGAGUGUAUGUUGCACUUCUAAAAGUUCCCUUUGGAGAGACUGUUAGUUACAAAGAGCUAGCAACGCUCGCAGGCAAUCCAAAAGCAACUAGGGCAGCUGGAUCUGCAAUGGCAAACAACCCUUUUCAGUUAAUGGUACCGUGCCACCGUGUGCUACCAUCGCCCUCCACCUCAGGAAAACAGAGGGUUGGAAACUACUCAAGCGGCAAGAAAGUGUCAGUGAAAGAGUGGCUUUUGAUGCACGAGGGACAUGGUUUAAAGAAUGGACACCUUGUUUGA